AUGCGUCGUCUGCUCGUAGCCCUCGCGUGCGUCGCCGCAGCCGCGGCCUUCGUCGUCCCCGCGGCGCCGACCGCGCGCACCGUGGCCCUCCACGCCAAGAAGAGCAAGAACAAGAACAAGGGCGGCGGCGGCGGCCAGAAGCCGCAGGAGAAGAAGAAGGCCCAGGAGGAGCGCUUCGACGCGGCGACGCGCCAGUACAUGUUCACGCUCGCGGGCCUCACGAAGAAGGUGCCCGACGGGUCGCGGACGAUCCUCGACGGCAUCGACCUCUGCUUCUUCCCCGGCGCGAAGAUCGGCGUCGUCGGCGCGAACGGCGCGGGCAAAUCGUCGCUCAUGAAGAUCAUGGCCGGCGUCGACGGCGAGUUCGACGGCACGGCGCGGCCCGCGCCCGGCGCGUCCGUGGGCUACCUGUCGCAGGAGCCCGAGCUCGCGGGCGAGACCGUGGACGACGCCAUCGCGCCCGCCGUCGCCAAGUCGCGGGCCGUGCUCGCGCGCUUCGAGGAGCUCAGCGAGUCCUUCGCGACGCUCGAGGGCGACGCGCUCGACGCGGGCAUGGAGGAGCUCGGCAAGAUCCAGGACCAGAUCGACGCGGGCGAUCUGUGGGACCUCGACCGCAAGGUCGACAUCGCGUGCGCGGCGCUGCGCUGCCCGCCGCGCGACGCGAAGACGGACGUGCUGAGCGGCGGCGAGAAGCGGCGCGUCGCGCUCGCGCGGCUCCUGCUCGAGGGCCACGACUUGCUGCUCCUCGACGAGCCGACGAACCACCUCGACGCCGAGUCCGUGCAGUGGCUCGAGCGCUACCUGGCGGAGUUCGCGGGGACCGUCGUGACGAUCACGCACGACCGCUACUUCCUCGAGAACAUCUCGGAGUGGAUUUUAGAGCUCGACGGCGGCAGGGGCUACCCCUUCGAGGGCUCGUACGCGGAAUGGCUCGCGGACAAGGCCCAGCGGCGCGCGGACGGCAAGAAGAAGGCCGACGCGGCGUCCAAGGCCGCGGACAAGGAGCUCGCGUGGCUCCGGAGCGCCAAGGCCGGCGCGAAGACGAAGGCGCGGCUCAAGAGCUACGACGCUUUAGUCGACGCGGCGACGUCCGACGACGACGCGACGGUCGGCGCGGGCGCGAUCUUCAUCCCCCCGGGGCCGCGCUUAGGCGAGGAGGUCAUCUCCGUGAGCGGCCUCCAGAAGGCCUUUGGGGACCGGGUCCUCAUCGACGGCCUCGACUUCGAGAUCCCCCGGGGCUCCGUCGUCGGCGUCGUGGGAGCGAACGGCGCGGGCAAGUCGACGCUCGUCAAGAUGCUGAGCGGCGCGGAGGCGCCGACGAAGGGCGAGGUCAGGGUCGGCGGCACGGUGCGGCUCGCGACGGUGGACCAGUCGCGGGACCGCCUCGACGCGUUGGCGGACAAGACGAUCUUCGACGCGAUCGCCGGCGGCCGCGAGACGCUCGACCUGGGCGGCCGCGACGUCAACGCGCGCGCCUACGUCGGCGCCUUCGGCUUCCGGUCCCGGGAGCAGUCGAAGAAGGUCGGCGCGCUCUCCGGCGGCGAGCGGAACCGCGCGUGCCUCGCGGACAUCCUCAAGGAGGGCGCGAACGUCAUCGUCCUCGACGAGCCGACGAACGACCUCGACGUCGGCACGCUCCGCGCCCUCGAGGAGGCCAUCCUCGGCUUCGCGGGCACGGUCCUCGCCGUGAGCCACGACCGCUACUUCCUCGACCGCGUCGCGACGCACAUCAUCGCCUUCGAGGGCGACGGCAACGUCGUCUUCUACAACGGCAACUGGGCCGAGUACGAGGCCGACCGCACGUCGCGCAUGGGCGACGAGGUCUCCUCCUUCAAGUACCGGAAGCUCGUCGAGGCCUAA